UAUACAACUACUCCGUAUAUAAUAAGGCUAUUUCGAUCACGUCCCGCCCGUUCUCCACCUUCUCUGGAUCCAUUAUACUUAAUUGGCAGCUAGCUAGCUACCAAAUACCAAUCUAUGGCUUCAGCUACGUUUACAAUUUCAUGCGCCGCCGCCGCCAUCCCCGCCUCCCAACUUCAAAAACCUUCAAAGUUCUUACUUAACCAAAACCCGCCCAAGCACCGCCGCAGCAAACUCUCAUGUGCUGCUUCCUCCGCAAAAGAUCAAAACCCGGCGCCGGAAAAGAACACCUCUCCGGACACCACACUUGAUCGGAGAAAUGUCCUCUUAGGUCUUAGCGGCCUCUACGGCGCCUACAACCUAUCCCUCUCCGGUGACGGCGCCCUGGCUAGUCCGGUGCCGGCCCCGGACAUUACCAAGUGCGGCACGGCAACCAUUACCUCGAGCACCGAUAAAGUGCCCUAUUCUUGUUGCCCACCGGCCUUCUCCGGCACCAUAGCUAACUACAAGCUCCCGCAGUUCACCAAGGUGAACGUCCGGCCGGCCGCCCACGACAUAGACGAGGAGUACUUGGAGAAGUACAAGACAGCCAUUCGGAAAAUGAAAGAACUCCCGGAAGAUGAUCCCCGGAAUUUUUACCAGCAAGCCAACGUCCACUGCGCUUACUGCAACGGCGCUUAUAAACUUGCCGGCGGUGAGGAAUAUCAAGUCCACUUCUCAUGGCUAUUCUUCCCAUUCCAUAGAUGGUACUUAUACUUCCAUGAGAGGAUUUUACAAUCCUUGAUCGGAGAUCCUACAUUCACCCUGCCAUAUUGGAACUGGGACAACCCACAAGGCAUGUUCCUCCCGGAAAUCUUCGAUGACAAGGGCUCGCCAUUGUACGACGAGGUUCGUGACCAAAAGCACCACAAGGAUGUCAUCGUUGACCUAUCUUUCUCUGCCGGAGAAGAACUUAACACCACUGAACUCCAAAUCUUGCGGAACAAUCUCGCGAUCAUGUACCGCCAAAUGGUGACCAACGCGCCGUGCCCGGCGCUCUUCUUCGGAAAUGCUCUCCGAGGGGAGGGUUAUGACACCAAGUCCGGUGCCGGAACCAUAGAGAAUGUUCCCCACAACACUUUGCACCGAUGGGUCGGUGACCCCACGACGGCUCACAACGAGGAUAUGGGUAACUUCUAUUCCGCAUCCAAAGACCCGGUUUUCUAUUCUCUUCAUGGGAAUGUGGACCGGCUGUGGUCUGUUUGGAAGAGUUUGGGUGGCAAGCGUCACGAUAUAACUGACCCAGAUUGGCUACAGUCUGCAUUCAUAUUCUAUGAUGAAAAUAAAAACCUUGUCAGGGUCAAGGUUCAAGAUUGCCUCGACCACAAGAAACUUGGCUACACUUUUCAGCUAGGAUAUGCCCACCCCAUGGAUGAGCUACAAACCAACAUCAAAAAAGAAGACACAGUUGAGCAGCACCAAAACAUCUAUCCCUUGGGGCACUAAUAUCUUGCCAAAAACGUUACAACAAACCAUAACGUUGUAUGUCAUGAGGCCCGAGACAUCAAGAUCAAAGCAAGAGAAAGCAGAUAUGGAGGAGUUAUUGAAUAUGAGCUUAACAUAUGAUGAAACCAAGUACAUUAGGUUUGACGUGUUUCUGAACGAAGACAAUCUCUUAAAGGCGUCCGUGUUGGAUCGGGCAGAAUACCUGGGAAGUUUUGCCAACUUGGCUCACAUUCAUGAGAGUUCUAAUGAAAAUCAAUCGAAGACGACGACAUUCAGCCUGGCAAUAACUGAACUACUUGAAGACUUGGGGCUUGAAAGUGAUACAAAUGUUGCAGUUACGAUGGUACCAAAGUAUAAUGGCGAGUUCAUGACUAUCAACAGUGUCGAUGUCUCAUUGUUAUCUUGUUAAGGGCUUGCUUUUGAGUCUCACUGAGAUCAUAUAAAGUUUGUUUCUUAAAUUCUAUUUUGUUCAAGAAUGGACUAAACAAUCUCUUUAAUUUGAUACUCCCUCCGUCCGCCAAACUUUGUCUCGUUUUACCUUUUUAAUCUGCUCUGUCCCAUUAAGUUUGUUCCUUACCAUAUUUGAUAAUAUUUGGGUGGUUACAAUUCAUUCUUACUUUGUUCUCAC